UCUGGACUCGACAUGCUCGAGACGACCUUGGUGGCUCUCCAAGACAUUACUUUGGAGAAGAUUUUUGAUGAUAAUGGAAAGAAAACUUUAGCCUCAGAGUUCCCACGGAUAAUGCAGCAGGGCUUCAUUUGUCUUCAAGGGGGUAUCUGCUUGUCAAGCAUGGGAAGGGCAAUAUCCUACGACAAAGCUGUGGCAUGGAAGGUUUUGAAUGAAGAAGAAAACGCUCACUGUAUUUGCUUCAUGUUUAUGAACUGGUCUUUUGUUUGAAACGCUUAGUCAGAACGUAGGAACAUGACCAUUAGAAUAGAUCAAAUUUUCCUGUAAGUUAGGUUUCAGAAACAGCCAAAAUAACCAAGAACUAAAUGAGCGAAGCA